UCCCCGUUUACGUUUCCGCCGCCGCCUCCUCCUCCUGCCGAUAUAUAUACAUCUCUAGUCAUCUUCUUGGACUCCUUCUAUACACACAAAGAAAGAGAAAAAGAUCGUGCAUGAGACACGGUUUCUAGAACACGUUGCCAGUGAGGUGGGGGGGACUAAUACUAGCAUAAUUUUGACCAUUUAAAUUUGGUGGCAUUGCUUGUUAUUCUCAAUCUUUUCUGCGUAUAUUCCCAGAAGCCCUCUUCGACUCUCAUUUCUUCUAAUUCUUCACUGGCCACAACACGUUGAAGGAAAUAAACACUCUCAUUUCCUCUUUUCCCUUUUUUCCUAAUAUACUUCCUCUAGUAAAACUCCUGCAUCCAUUUCAUUUUCUGGCGCUCUCUCCCUCUGCAUCCGGGGCUUCUAUCCUUCUUUAGUGAAGAGAUCGUUGAAGCUAUCUGGGUUUGAGAUUCACCUUAGAGGGAAAUAAUGGAAGAAACAAAGACAAAGGCGCCAUUGCUCGCCCCUUCAUCAGGGAAAUUUCCAGAUUAUAAGAAAUCAAUCAAGUUGAAAUAUGUCAAACUUGGUUAUCACUACCUUAUCACUCAUGCAAUGUACCUGUUCAUUACCCCCUUUGUAAUUGUAAUUGCAGCACAAAUGUCCACCUGGUCUCUCCCUGAUCUUUACGAGCUAUGGGAUAAUCUCCAGUAUAACCUCAUUUCGGUGAUCCUGUGCUCAAGUCUCAUAGUUUUCAUAUCGACCAUCUAUUUCCUCACUCGUCCUCGUCCAGUUUACCUUGUUGAUUUCUCCUGCUACAAGCCUGAUGAAGCUCAAAGAUGCACAAUGAAGACUUUCAUAGAUCAGUCCGAAAUGGUUGGCUCAUUCGCAAAAGAGAAUCUUGAGUUUCAAAGGAAAAUCCUUCAAAGGUCUGGCCUUGGAGAUAACACUUAUCUUCCUGAGGCUGUCCUUAAUAUACCUCCAAAUCCAUCAAUGAAAGAAGCUAGAAAAGAGGCCGAGGCUGUUAUGUUUGGUGCCAUCGAUGAGCUUUUGGCAAAGACUAAGGUAAAAGCAAAAGACAUUGGAAUUUUGGUUGUCAACUGUAGCUUGUUCAAUCCAACUCCAUCUUUGUCUGCAAUGAUAAUUAAUCAUUAUAAACUUCGAGGGAACGUAGCCAGUUAUAAUUUAGGCGGCAUGGGAUGUAGUGCAGGUUUAAUUUCUAUUGACCUAGCUAAAAAACUCCUUCAGUUCCAUCCAAACUCAUAUGCCUUGGUCGUCAGCAUGGAGAACAUCACUCUGAAUUGGUAUUUUGGAAAUGACCGAUCGAAGCUUGUAUCCAAUUGUUUGUUCAGAAUGGGAGGUGCUGCAAUACUACUUUCCAACAAAUUCUCGGAAAAAAGAAGAUCGAAGUAUCAAUUGGUUCACACUGUUCGCACCCACAAGGGUGCUGAUGAUAAGUGCUAUGCCUGUGUCUUUCAAGAAGAAGACGCGGAUGGAAAGAUUGGAGUUUCUUUAUCAAAGGAGCUCAUGGCUGUAGCUGGUGAUGCAUUGAAGACCAAUAUCACUACUCUAGGACCUCUUGUUCUCCCAAUGUCUGAGCAAUUGCUUUUCUUUGCUACGCUAGUUGGGAAGAAACUAUUCAAGAUGAAGCUCAAGCCUUACAUCCCCGAUUUUAAACUAGCUUUUGACCAUUUCUGCAUUCAUGCUGGAGGUAGAGCAGUCCUGGAUGAACUGGAGAAGAAUUUGCAGCUAUCUGAAUGGCAUAUGGAGCCAUCAAGAAUGACACUGCAUCGAUUUGGCAACACCUCAAGCAGUUCUCUGUGGUAUGAAUUGGCUUACAUGGAAGCCAAGGGAAGAGUAAAAAGAGGACACAGAGUAUGGCAAAUAGCAUUUGGUUCAGGUUUCAAGUGCAACAGUGCUGUAUGGAAGGCCCUCAGAACUGUGAAGCCUGCAAAGGAAAAAAACCCCUGGAUGUCUGAGAUUGAUAAGUUUCCCGUGGAGGUUCCAAAGGUAGCAAACAUUUGAGGUUCGCAGAUGAUAUUGAGCAUAUUCUCAGUUCUGUUAGUCUAUAGAGGUUGCCAUCGUUAGUUUUUCUGUUUUGUUCUGGCCUAGAUUAGUUACUUUUACUUAUAUGAAGGGGGCGAUUGACUGGGGUUUUAUUUAUCUAAAGCUCUAAGACUUAGCCAUCAACAAUGUACAUGAGUUCAGACAAAAGGUUCUGAUCCCUAGCUCAGGACGUGGAUCAGUGAGAACAUCGUUAGAGAUGGUUGGCAUUUCCUUUUGGCCAACUCUAUGACUCAGAUAUUUGAGCAUGUCAAGAUUGCGUUCUUAACCCUCUUUA